AUGUCAUGGAGAGUAGUCAACAACACGUUGAUAGUGGGAAAGUUUGCGUCAAGCUCAGGCGAAGUUCCAAGGCAAAACUCUAGCAGACCGAAGAUAGCUGCUUUUGACUUCGACUCCACCUUAGUAGCGACAGCUUCGGGGAAUACAUUCCCCAAGGGCCCUACUGACUGGAAAUGGUGGCACCAAUGUGUUCCUUCAAAACUUCAAAAACUCAACGCAGACGGUUACCGUGUCACCAUCAUAUCGAACCAAAAGGCAAUCAGCCUUAAAAAAGAUAAGAAAGGAAAUGACUCGAAGAGCUUCACCAACUUCAAAGAGAGGGUCUCGGCCGUGAUGAGACAGCUCAAUAUUCCAUUGAGUGUAUAUGCCGCUACUGAGGACGACGAGUAUAGAAAGCCCAGGGCGGGAAUGUGGAGAGAGUUCAUUGACGACUACGAUCUUGAUAUAACCGGAUAUGAUUCUUCUGAAUCAAUAUUCGUCGGAGAUGCUGCUGGGCGACCAACAGACCACUCUGCGGUUGAUCGCGGGUUUGCGAGUAACGCUCACAUACCGUUCCAGACGCCGGAAGAGUUCUUCCUGGGUGCUGCACCUGAGCCGCUUGUUGAGUCGUUUGAUCCCUCUGUAUACCUGCAAAAUGAUCCUGUUGAUGAUGUUUCGCCGCCGUUUUUGAGGAAACGUCCUUUGGAGCUUGUGAUUCUCUGUGGCAGCCCGGGUGCUGGGAAAUCUACAUUUUUCUGGGACUACCUCAAACCACUUGACUAUGAGCGCGUGAAUCAGGACAUUCUGAAAUCUAGGCCGAAAUGUAUCAAAGUGGCCAAAGAACACCUUGCAGCCAGAAGGUCGGUUGUUGUAGUCCUUGCCGACAAUGGAAAGCCCUUGCAUCUUGUCCAACUUGAAGCAACAAGCACUGCGCAGCGGAUAUUGGAUAUUAUUCCCAACACAACUGCCCAUGAACGUAAUGCUGACUCGUUACUUGUCUCGCCUGCAGAUAAUACAAAUGCCGAUCAAGUCACUAGAGCGCAUUGGAUAGAGGUCGCAAAGGAAUUCAACGUGCCGAUUCGCUGUGUUUACUUUUCUGCGUCGCCGGCGCUUUGCAAACAUAAUAAUGCAGUCCGUGCCGCGAAUACAAGCCUUAAUCCCGAAUCACGCAUCCUCGUUCCCGGCAUUGCCUUCGGUGACUUCCUGAAACGCUUCCAAGAGCCGACUCUUACCGAAGGGUUCCAGGAUAUUAUUCGAGUAGACUUUCGGUUCCGCGGAGACGACGAGGCGAAGAACUUGUGGAAGCAGUACUGGAUAUAA